GCCCUGACAAUCAAUUCAACAUGGGUAAGUUCGUGCCCCGUCAGCGGAAGCACAAAGUCCUUGCUCGACAAAAACGACAGCAUGGAUCUCAUGAACCUGUCGUCGACUCCAAUGCCGUCGAAGUUCUCCCCGCUGCAAAGGCAGAAAUCCAGGAGGAGAAGCGUCACAUGAAAGAAGAAUUGCAGGCGCAGGGAACCAAAGUCAGCGGAAAGAAAGCAAAGAGGUUGGAGAAAUAUAUCGAGAGUAAACUGAAGAAGGAUGAGAAUCGAGAACUCAUCGCCCGAUUAGCAAAUUCGAGGACAGACACCAGUCACUACCAGAGUAGCAAGAAGCUGGGGCAAGGACACGAAACAAAGAGGGAGAGGCUGGCCAGAGCUUUGAGAGACAGGCAGGCAGGAAUUGAUAUCGACGGAGAUAAUGAAGAGCUAUUGUUUGAGAGAAGGACUAUUCGAGAUGCCGAAGAAGAACCCGUGUCAGAGGAUGACGGCGAACAGGAAGAAAGCGUUGGACUUUUCGAGAAUCCAGUUGCAACACCAAUCCACACUCUGCAGACUACGAAUAUCCCUGGUGCAGGUUUGAAACGACCCCUUGAGGUAGACGAGGAAGGAAAGCCUGUGUUAAAGAAACGAAAACGACGUGGAGGCAUCAAGUCCAAAGUAUCUCUCCAGCCAGAAGUCUCGGAAGAGCCAGAAUGGGAAGGCUUCAGCUCCGAAGGGAGUGAAGAUGAAGAAGAAAGCUCUGUUCAAGGGUUCGAAAGUACCUCAGAUGCUUCAGUGGACGAAGAGGACGAUGAAGGUUCGGCAUCAGGAUCGGAGGAGUCAGACGAUGUUGAUACAUCGGAUGGCUCAUCCUCAGAGGAUCCUGAUAGCGACGACAAUGAUGAAUCUGACAAGCCAAAACGAUCGUCCGCAUUCAAAGCCUGGGCAAGCCAACAGAUCAAUGAAGCACUUGGGUAUUCCCCAGCGUCAAAUACUGCCAUGGCGACAGAGACCCCCAAGGUAGCUGGCUUUAAGCCUAGAGCACCAGAGCAAGAUCCUCUCCCAAUUGAGCUACAGCCAACUACAAACACUGGGAGAAAAGCAUUUAGUGUUACAGUCGAUCGAGCUCAAGACAUUCAAGAUGCACGUCUUAAGCUUCCCGUAGUGGCCGAAGAACAGAAAAUUAUGGAAGCAGUACACAACAACAACCUUGUGGUUGUCUAUGGGGCUACUGGAUCUGGUAAGACAACUCAGGUACCUCAGUUUUUAUACGAAGCUGGUUAUGGCUCACCAGGUUCCCCAACUCCUGGUAUGAUUGGUGUCACUCAGCCUCGACGAGUCGCAGCGGUCAGUAUGGCCAAACGUGUUGGUGACGAGCUAGGUAAUCAUGGAAAACGAGUCGCGUAUCAAAUCCGAUUUGAGGGCACAGUUGGGGACCAAACUGCCAUCAAAUUCAUGACGGACGGAGUUCUGCUUCGCGAAGUCGCUCAGGAUAUCGCCCUGCAGAAGUACUCCGCCAUUAUCAUCGAUGAAGCUCACGAAAGGAGCGUUAAUACCGAUAUCCUGGUGGGCAUGCUUAGUCGGGUGGUCAAGCUGCGCGAAGAGAUGGCAGCAGAAGAUCCGUCGAUCAAGCCUUUGAAACUUAUCAUUAUGUCCGCAACACUGAGAAUCAGCGACUUCACUGAGAACAAAACUCUAUUUUCAAAUCCACCUCCAGUCCUCCAAGCUGAGGGUAGGCAGUUUCCAGUCACAACCCACUUCGCUCGCAGAACACAACACGAUUAUGUCGAAGAGGCUUUCCGGAAAAUCAGCAAAGGUCAUCGUAAGUUGCCUCCAGGUGGAUUUCUUGUCUUCUUGACGGGGCAAAACGAGAUUACUCAACUCAGCAAAAGACUGAAAGAAGCAUUUCGGAUUGGUCAAUCUGCUGCAGGCCCCCAAGUAAGGAUAUCCGGGAAGGAUGCUCCUAUGGAAGCAGAAGACAUCGAUUUUGGAGAUGCUGGCCACAACAACGAUCAUGACGACUUUGCCGAUGAGGAUGAGGAUGACAUAGACAUCAAUCUCGACGAUGAAGAGUUUGAUGUUGGGGAAGAGCCAGAAACCGGACCAUCGAAGAUGCACAUCUUGCCUCUAUACUCCCUCUUGCCUACGAGAGAACAAUUAAGAGUGUUCGAGCCUCCUCCUGACGGAUCACGUCUUGUCAUCUUGGCCACCAACGUGGCUGAAACCAGUCUUACAAUACCCGGCAUUCGUUAUGUCUUUGAUUGCGGGAGAUCAAAGGAGCGUAAGUACGAUCGUAUGACUGGUGUCCAGAGCUUCGAAGUUGGCUGGAUUAGUAAAGCUAGUGCUAGUCAGCGUGCUGGUCGUGCCGGUCGUACUGGACCUGGUCACUGUUAUCGAUUCUACUCUUCGGCCGUUUACGAACGAGACUUUGAAGAAUUUGCAGAGCCUGAAUUACUGCGAAUGCCGAUCGAGGGCGUUGUGCUACAAUUAAAGGCUAUGAACCUGCAACACAUCAUCAAUUUUCCAUUUCCUACCCCGCCUGAUAGACAAAGUCUAGCGAGCUCGGAGAAGCUUCUCACGUAUUUGUCUGCCAUUUCGCCCUCAGGGCAAAUAACGCAGACAGGCGCUACGAUGUCGAUCUUCCCCUUAUCACCUAGAUUCGCACGAAUAUUACUGGUGGGUCAUCUUCAUGAUUGUCUGCCGUAUACAAUAGCUCUUGUUGCAGGUCUAUCAGCUGCCGAUGUUUUUAUUGCCGAAAACCAAAUCCUACCUGCUCAAGCACCAAGAGAAGACGAUGCAACUUUCUCCGUAGCGGACCGCAUUGAAGAAGACGCUCGUGCCAAGAUCAGGCGUCAAUUCAACAAGGUGCAGAAAGAUUUCUGCUUUCUUGACGACAAAUCGGAUGCUAUCAAACUUCUUCAGGUCGUUGGAGAGUUUGCUCAUGAGCCUACUGAGACUUGGUGUCAAUCACAUUAUGUGCGUUACAAAGUCUUGAAAGAAAUAUCACAACUUCGGAGACAGAUUACCGAACUUCUCCGCACAAAUAUUCCAGCAUUCGCGGGGCUGAAAUUUCAAGAAAAGCUUCCACCGCCAACAGCAAAACAGACGAAGGCUUUGAAACAGAUGGUAACGGCUGGAUUUAUAGACCACGUUGCGAUUCGCGCCGACCUGUCACCAAACCCUCCUGAAGUUAGGCGAAAGCCAACAAGAGCAAUUGACGUGCCAUACCUCACAUUGUUUCCUUCGCAUCUCAAGAAAGAUGACGAAGAGAAGGCGGUGUAUAUACAUCCAUCCUCACCAUUAGCACACAUCAGUCUCCAAGAGUGUCCUGAGUACAUUGUCUACUCGUACCUUCAACGACCCGCACCCUCACCUACGACCCCGGAAAAGAUUCCCAAGACACGAAUGCAUGCUCUGACAGAUAUCACUGGCGGUCAGCUGGCCGCCCUCGCGAAAGGAACACCGCUUUUGCACUAUGGAAAACCAAUCAAGGAAGUCAUGCCCAAAAUGAAGCAUGAAGGAGAUGCCAAUAUAAGAGAAUGUUGGGUAAUCCCCUACUUGAGGGCAGAAGGAAUUGGUGGCGUUGGAUGGCCAUUGCCAGCAAGAAAAGUUACCCAACGAAAGAUACCCGGGAAAGGAUGGAUUGUUGAAUGAAUGAACGAAA